AACUUCGUAAAAUUCAACCUGCCAUAUUUUCAUUCGUUUACGGGCACCUGGCAACCCAAUCUCGUAAAUGUGUGUGUGUGUGUAGUCUGUUUGUGUGUGUGUGUGUGUGUGUGUAGUCUGUUUGUGUGUGUGUGUGUGUGUAGUCUGUUUGUGUGUGUGUGUGUGUGUGUGUAGUCUGUUUGUGUGUGUGUGUGUGUGUAGUCUGUUUGUGUGUGUGUGUGUGUAGUCUGUUUGUGUGUGUGUGUGUGUGUAGUGUGUUGGUGUGUGUGUGUACAGACCAGAAUGCAGUGAGAGGUGUGAGCUGUAACAUGAAGCUCCUCUAUAAAUAAACGUAACCUUUGUGCGGCUCUCAGAGAAACAUCAGCGGCGACUCAGCAACAGUGCGCUCGGGCCGAGUGUGUGUGAGUGUGUGUGAGUGUGUGUGAGUGUGUGUGAGUGUGUGUGAGUGUGUGUGAGUGUGUGUGAGUGUGUGUGAGUGUGUGUGAGUGUGUGUGAGUGUGUGUGAGUGUGUGUGAGUGUGUGUGGAAGGACAGAGUGGGUUUAACAGCAGUGUGAUGUGGAAGUAAAAUCUGUUGGUGUUUGUGUGUCUGGAGUCCAGCAGAAUUGUGCAGUCCGUCCUUCCAGCCGAUCCGAAGUCAGAUUCCGAUCCCCACCGCUCAUGUCAUGCCCUCCACGGCCCACAGUCCUUUGCAGCGACCCACAGACUCCCGCUCCAGCUCCUCCGGCUCCAGAUCGUCCCUCUGUAAAUCCGCAUCGUCCCCGAAUCUGGAGGCGCAGGACGGGGGCGGAGUCAAACAGGACUGCCUGAGUCGCUACCGCAGCCUCGUCAACGGGUUAGACCACUCGCUGUUCCCCGGAGCGGACCACAACCACACCCGGCUGGACGAGGGGCAGGGCUUCGACACGCCCCCCGUGGAGCCGACUCUGAACCAGUCCGGGCUGCUCGGGGGAUUCGGACCCGACGUCAGGAUGAAGCUCCACAUGACCGGGCUCGGAGAUGGCGCCGAAUAUCGGGCCGAUGCCUUCCGUAACGCUCUGGAUCAGACGUAUAAGGUGUUGCCCGAAGCCAGAACAGGAAUUCCGUCAGCCUCGGAGUCGUACGGCAAAGCGAAGGCACACCCGGGUGAAAACAUGGCCGACUGGCAGCAGAAAUUCGAGAGCCUGCGAAUGCAGGUGGAGCACAUGCAGUUAUUAGGGAGCGGUCAGUACUCGUCUCCGUAUCCGGCUCCUCUGCUGUCUGAAAGCGGGAAAUGGGAGGCGGUGAUGAAGGCCAACGAGAGUCUGCUGAAGGAGAAGGAGCUCAUCAUUGACAGGCAGAAGCAGCAGCUGUAUCAGCUCGAGCAGCGUCUCAGAGAGAGCGAGUUACAGAUCCACGGAGCUCUGAUAGGACGAGGAGCGCCGUUCACUGACGUCUGUCUGCUCAGACUGCAGGAGGCGCAGCGCGAGAACGCUUUCCUUCGCGCCCAGUUUGCCGAGCGCAGCGACUCGUUCGCUCAGGAGAAGCUGGAGGCGGACCGGCGUCUGGGAUCCGUGGAGGCGGAGACUCAGCGUCUGAGCGAGAGUCUGAAGGAGAGCGCGGAGAAACAUGUCGAGGAACUGAAAAAGCAGGAGGAGAGAAUCCGUAACCGAGACAAGCACAUCACCAACCUGAAGAAGAAAUGUCAGAAGGAGGCGGAGCAGAACCGAGAGAAACAGCAGCGCAUCGAGACGCUGGAGCGUUACCUGGCCGACCUUCCCACCAUGGAGGACUACCAGAGCCAGAGGAAACGGCUGGAGGCAGCAGAGCAGAGGGUGGAUGAGCUGCAGGGAUUGGUGGAGGAGCUGGAGGCUCAGCUGAAGGAGGUGCGAGCAGCCAGUCGCGCUAAAGACGGACAACUGGAGGAACAAAACCACAGAGAGAGGGAGCUGCUCGCUACAGUCACUAGCCUGCAGGCCCGAGUGCAGGAGGGGUUGGACGAUGGAGCUCGGUUGCCGUCUCUGGACGUUGAGAAGCUGCGUGAGGAAAACGCCUCUCUGAAAGAAGAGCAGCAGAAACUCAGAAAGGUUAUCGAGAAGCAGCUGAGGAUGACGGAGCAGCUCGGCUCGCAGAUCAGGAGUGUGCAGCAGCAGCUAGCGGAGGAGGAGAGCAGCGGUCAGGCUCUGAGAGACGAGCUGAACUCGAAAGAUCAGCAGCUGCUGCAGUUACGCUCGGCUGUGAAGGAGCUGUCUGUACAGAACCAGGAGCUGAUGGAGCAGAGUGUGUGUCUGCGUGAGCGUCUGCAGGCCGAGUCGAGUGUGUGUGAUGUGCGACUCGCUCAGCAGCUGCUCGAUGAAAUGGCGUCGUGUCUGUCUGACCUGCGCUCCCUCUGCAGCGUCCUCACACACACCGCACACGGCCGAGACCCCAACCUGUCCCUGCUGCUGGGGAUCACCGCCCCUGCUGUAUCGGAGGCGUGUGAUGAUUGGCGAAAUCCUGCAGUUCUACAGAAGAAACUCCAGGAGGCGCUGCAGCUGAGACGGGACGUGGAGGACCUGCGGAACACCGUCUCGGACCGCUACGCCCAGGACAUGGGGGAGAACUGCACCACACAGUAACGCAGAACCCACAGAACCCGAACCUCCACACAAGAACUGGCAGAAACCCAGAAGAGCUUAUAGAAGAACUGGCAGAACCAGAGCUCCAACCUACAGUAUAAAAACUGAAACUAACGAGAACCAGGAGAACGUGUGGAACCUAACCCGAGACUGAAUUCAUUAUUUUAUUUUUUUUUCUUCCUCGCUCUAGAAGGGCUAACGAAGCUAAUGCUAAUAACACUACACUACUAUUUUUCUAUAAAAGACUUUAUAUUAUUCUUUUUCUAACGUCUUCAGAACCCCGAGGUUCUUUGUGCAGCAGAAACAGUGUUGUUGUUAAACGCUGACGUUCCUGCGUGUUCAGGAACGAACGUGAUGUGGUUGACACUCAACUGAUGAUAUUUUAAACGUUGUUGUUUUUUUUUGUUUUUUUCUUCGCUACAGUAACACACGAGGUGUGACGGACCUGCCGUUAUUUGAGACGGUGGCGUUUGUAGUCGAGGCCGAUCAAACACUCCCUGCCCUCAUCUCUGCUCGCUCACUCGUCUAACGACCAGAGAGCGACACCUGCGUCUGUAAUUACAGGCGGAGAACCUUCCAUUAAAACCUCGUUUAUGAACACUAUGCACACUAUCCGGAAACUCGUUACUUUUCCUUAGAACAUUCCGUCACCUUUACAGAACACUUCACAGAGACACUAGUACAGUGAUGGGGCUUCACUCGAGUGAUUCACUGAUUUGAUUCUUUUCAACUUCAGCGAGUUGAUUCAUUUAUUCAGUUCACCGCUCACAAACGAAUCCCGAAACAUCAACACUACAAAUCUCUAGAAGAACCCGAGUUCACAUUUUUAAGUUCAUAUGCAGUGUUUCGAUUCGGUCAUGCUUAUGAACCGACUCACUGAACUGAAUCGUUCAAAAGAGCCAUUUAGAUUUGCUUACAAGAAUCAUUUCAAAAGAAUCCCUCGUCACUCGAUCGGUAGAUUUAAAGACGCUCACUGUAUACGAUGCGUAUCAUUUUUGCGAGAUUUAAGUCUGCGUAAGAACUCGGAAGUUUAACGUGCACUACUAAAACCUUUUCAAAAAGGGAAAAAGAAAUACAGUUUUAAUGGUUUCCAGUUCAGUGAUUUUUAAAUAAAUAGAACCAGGAAGCAAAUUUAUAUACUGUUUUUAAAAAAAACAACAAAUUUUAAUAAAAGCUAUAAACGAUGAUCGCCGGUGAUCUUCAGUCUGUGUGACUGUAGUGACUUCUUUCCGACGCUGAUCUUCUCCAGAUGAUGGCGUAAUAUUCUCAGAAAACAAAAACGACAAAAGACUUGCGCAGUGACUCAAUCCGGUCAUCAUCCUUCUGUUUCUCAAUAUUUAUAAGAUAUUGUUGCGCGAUUAAUACAGAGUGGGAUCACUUUCCAACGUGAGCGAAUGAACAUGGUUAUUAUAUUUAUAUUUAUUGGAUGUCGGAGUAAACAACCUGCGCAGGACAUGGCGUGUUUCCGUAGCCUGUAGUUCGGCAUGCUAACGGCGUGUGUGUAAAUGAGAUCAGCACGCGGUCACCUCCACGCGCGAGCUUUGGAAUGAUGUGUACAUUUGGGUUGAAGUUUUUUCCUUUGUGUGUAGUUCCAGUCGGUGUAAAUAACCCGAGGAUGAAACUAAAAAAACCGUGGUGUGUGUCGUGAAAAUAUCUGUCCACUCUGUGUCCGUGCAAGUGUUGUGUUUUCUUCCCGUGAUGCUUGACCGGCGCGAUCAGCACGGUUUGGGUUUCUGCUUUUCUUUCUUCGUUCACCGUGUGAUGAAGGCUUUAGCUUCAUAUUUCAGGCAGGAGAAAUGACUCUCUACUUUUUUCCCCCAGAAAGUCUUCCAGAUGAUGUUCACAGUUCAGUACUGUGAGCGUUCAUUUCCCCGGCCAGCGAGCCUCAGCCUCGCCCUGACGCUAAGAUACGAGUGUUUGUUCGUUCAUGACUUUUUAAGAAAUAAAGUUUUUUCUCUCAGA